GUCGGUAUUGACCUUGAAUCCGUCCAUUGUUCACCUGCGACAUCUUGGAAACUACAGCUAUUUUAGGGUUUGGUUUCGGAGCUCGGAGUUCGGAGCACGGUGCUUGCAGCGAGUUGUAGCAAGAUCGUCUGAUUGCGCGCACGUCGGAGAUCGCUUAAAGUGAAGGUUGCAUUGCUCUGGCAAGAAGUAUUUGCAGGUAGGACGGUAGAGUCUGGAUGCGCCAGAGUUGUCGGUUUGGCCUUCUUCGCAAGGGAGAAGAAGUCAUGAUGCUUGGAUUUAGCGAAUUCGAAGAGCUGAUCCUUGUUUUUCCGUCAGUGAUGCAGUGGAUCUGCGCCUGACGAAGGAUAAUUUGCUCAAUAAUCCAUUGACGCUAAAUUAUGUUUAGCUUGUCGUCAGCAGUUUUAUGCUCAUGACCUGGAAUUGCUAAUCCCAGACUGGCAAGGGAUGGAGUAAUUCUACGAAGCGAGCGCGUCAGGGUUUGGUUUUAGGAAGCUGGGCUGCCACAGACACUUUUGACGAUGGGUCCCUCUAGAUAUGUCAUUGUGCUCCUCACAUUUGUGACGAUCGGCAUGGCUGGGGGGGCGUUAUUGCAGCUGGCUUUCUUGAAGAAGCUAGAACAAAGUAGUGGAGCUGGGAUUUACAAUUAUAGAAGAGAGAUAGGGGAAUACGAAAACCAAACAUUUGGAUCGGGAUUGUCCCUUUGGGCUAAUGAUGAAGAUGCGAGAACACUACGUGUUGGACUGGUUAAGCAAGAAGUUAUUAGCUGGCAACCCAGAAUCAUUCUCCUGCACAAUUUCCUUAGUGCUGAUGAAUGUGAUCACCUGAUAAAUCUUGCUCGCCCCAGGCUCGUGAAGUCAACAGUCGUGGAUGCAACCACAGGCAAGGGAAUCGAGAGUAAGGUUCGAACAAGCACAGGCAUGUUCCUUAAUGGAAAUGACCGCAGACAUCACACUAUUCAGGCAAUCGAAACCCGUAUUGCUGCGUAUUCUAUGGUACCUGUUCAAAAUGGGGAGCUCCUCCAAGUUUUACGAUAUGAAUCUGAUCAAUAUUACAAGGCACAUCACGACUACUUUUCAGAUGAGUUCAAUUUAAAAAGGGGUGGGCAACGUGUGGCGACAAUGCUUAUGUACUUGACCGAGGGGGUCGAGGGAGGCGAAACAAUAUUUCCGCAGGCUGGAGAUAAAGAGUGUAGCUGUGGCGGUGAAAUGAAAAUCGGCGUCUGUGUGAAACCUAAACGAGGGGAUGCUGUCCUGUUUUGGAGCAUUAAGCUGGAUGGACAAGUUGAUCCAACAAGCCUUCAUGGUGGAUGCAAAGUUUUGUCAGGAGAGAAAUGGUCGUCUACCAAAUGGAUGAGGCAGCGAGCCUUUGAUUAGGGUGAACUUUGGAUGGUAGGAGCUGUAAUCAUAGUAGAAGACCAAUAAUAGCGAUUAUGCCUCAUCAUUCCGGAAGCUUUGCGGGCUUUUCCCGAUGCAUCUAAGAAUGUAUGUAAUGAGCAACUUUGAAUACUGUCAGUGAUUCGUAACAAGAAAAAAAUCGAUUUAGUGGUAUUGUGGACUUUGAAAUGAAGGUUAAGAUCACGAAGAGCUUUAUAUGCUGUCAUUUUGUAUAUGUAGGAAUGCAAUGUUGUAAGGAGUUGGGUCAGUUCAAAGCUUAACACAGGAUCAGUAUGCUCUAGAGAACUGAAAAUACACAGAAAUUGUUGAACUUGAUUGUAAACUUAGCGUUGCAAGGACUUAGUCGCUCAA